GCCUGCGGGUCUCGUGCCGCUUAGUUAGCGCUCGGCUCGCGGGCGGCGGGCAGAGGAAUGGUCUCGCGCUCGGCAGCAGCAGGGCAUGUCCGCGCGGCGGGACUUCUUCCCGCGUGUCACCUUGAACGGAGCGGCAGCGAACCCGACUGGAGCACCUGAGGGGAAGAUGGAGGCGUGUCCUCACAAGCUGGGGUCCACCAAUCACCCGCGGCUCCUCCUCUGCAUCCUGGUUCCUGCCGUCAGCCUGCUGGCCGGACUGCUGCUGCUGGUUCUGGUUCUGACGGGUGUUUUCGGAGGCGGCCUCCUGGACUCGAGUCCCCUCCCCUCCCCCGAGCCCAUGGCAGACUCCGCCCCCAGUUACCAUAGCAACAGCACAAACAUUCCCUCCUUCUCCAAGCUGGAGGCAGAAAACGUCACUUCUGUUCUCCAGAACCGCAGUGAAGACCUGGUCCAGACCAGCCAGACCACGCCCACCACUGUCAACCCUCCUGGCUCCUCCUACUCACAGACUCCGCCCACUCCGCCAUAUACAAAGCUUCCUGAUUGGCUGUCAUCUGUGACAUCAUUAGGUACUGUCUGGCCAAAGAGCGGCCCCACCUCAGCACCUGACACAGGCUGUCAGCUGGUCCUGGAGCCUCAGUGUCACAUGCUGCCCUACAACCAGACAUGGCUGGCGUCUUCUGUGGCCGUGGUGAAGAGCACGGAGGUGGACAUGCUGCUGAGGUUCUUCAGCUACCUCGGCCGACUCUCCUGCUACCGACACAUCAUGCUGUUCGGCUGCUCGCUGGCGCUGCCCGAGUGCAUCCCCGGCGGCGGCGCACACAGCAGGCAGGUGGUGCUGCCCUGCGCCUCCUUCUGUGAGGCGGCCAGAGAAGGCUGCGAGCCCGUCCUGCAGAUGUUCAACGCCUCCUGGCCCGACUUCCUCCGCUGCUCGCAAUUCAGCAGCAUGAUGUCAUCGCUGGCUCCGCCCUCCUCACCUUCCCCCCCAGAAGCAGAAGGACCUGGGUGUUUUACUCCACGCCAGAUCAAAGGCCGACCCUCCGUGUGCGGCGGGAAGGAGCACUUCCUGUGCGCCACGGGGAUUUGCGUCCCUCAGAAGCUGGUGUGCAACGGCUUCAACGACUGUGACGACUGGAGCGACGAAACGCACUGUGACUGCGCCGAUGAAGAGUUCCGGUGCAACACCGGACGCUGUCUGCCCCCCCCACUAAGGUGUGACGGUUAUGACGACUGUGGAGACCUGAGUGACGAACUCAACUGUGUGUGCAAUCUGUCCCGGGAGCAUCGCUGUGGCGACGGCCGCUGUGUUUCCAGAGACUGGCUCUGCGACGGCGACCACGACUGUCUGGACAAGAGCGACGAGCUGAACUGCUCCUGUAAGAGCCAGGGCCUGCUGGAGUGCGGGAACGGUCAGUGCAUCCCGUCGGCGUUCCGCUGCGACGGAGAGGACGACUGCAAGGACGGCAGUGAUGAAGAGCACUGCAGCCGAGAGCAGACUCCUGGCGGUUGCGGUCCCGGUCAGCCCGUCUGCUCCGCCCCCUCCUGCCCGUCCACCUGCGAGGGAAACGGGGCCUGUGACCCCCGGAACGGCACCUGCAGUAAGUCGCCCGAGCCGCACAGCUGCUGUCGCCAUGGAAACGGUCAGACCGGCAUGUGUGGUGUUGCAGGCCGCUGUGAGCCCAUCAGCCUGGAGCUGUGCAUGAACCUGCCCUACAACCUGACCAGCUACCCCAACCUGCUGGGGCACCUGUCCCAGAGGGAGAGCUCCGUGUCCUGGGAGUCCUCGCUGUUCCCCGCUCUGGUCCAAACCGGCUGCUACCAGUACCUCAUGUUCUACGCCUGCACGCUGCUGGUUCCAAAGUGUGACCCGGUUAGUCUGCAGAGGGUGCCGCCCUGCAGGUCUCUGUGUCGUGACGCCAAAGAGAAGUGUGAGUCGGUGCUCAGCAUCGUCGGCCUGCAGUGGCCCGAAGACUCGGACUGCAGUCAGUUCCCAGAGGACGGGGGGGACGCCGCCUGCCUGCUGCCGGAGGACGGGGUCGACGAGUGCUCCCCCAGCCACUUCAAGUGUCGGUCCGGUCGCUGCGUGCUGGGAAUCAAGCGCUGUGACGGACACCUGGACUGUGACGACCACAGCGACGAAGAGAACUGUGGCUGUUCUGAGCGCGCUCUGUGGGAGUGUCCGGCCAGCAAGGCGUGCAUCAAGCCCAGCAUGAUCUGUGACGGGUUCUCGGACUGCCCCCUGAUGGAGGACGAGGCUAACUGCACCGUCUGCAGAGACAACGAGCUGGCCUGCAGCAACCACCAGUGUGUCCAUCGGACGCUGUGGUGUGACGGGAAGAAGCACUGCUCGGACAGUUCUGACGAGUGGAGCUGUGUUUCUCUGUCGGAUCAGUCCGGUUCUGUUCUGACCGUCUUCAAGACGGCUGCAGAGUACCAGGUGUGUGCAGACGAGUGGAACCACCAGCUGAGCAGCCUGACCUGCAGCCAGCUGGGACUAGGGGUUCCUUCCUCUGUUUCCAUGGUAACAGAUCAGCCUGGCGUCGCGGGCCGUCGCCGUUGGUUACAUGUUCAUCCGGAGUGGAAUCUGAGGAACGGUUCUGCUCUGCAGGCCCGGCUGGAGAAGAGAAGCCAUGCCUGUCACUCCAGGAGGAGGGUUUCUGUCCUCUGCACCAGGGAGGAGUGCGGCCAACGUCAGGUCGGGGGCGUGACCCGCCACAGGAGGAAGCGGAUCCUGGGAGGGCGGGUGUCCCGGCAGGGGGCGUGGCCUUGGCAGUGCUCGCUGCAGAGCGGUCAAAGCGGGCACGUCUGCGGCUGCGUGCUCAUCGCCCGGAAGUGGGUUCUGACCGUGGCCCACUGCUUUGAAGGGAGGGAGAGCGCCGACCUCUGGAAGGUGGUCCUGGGCCUGACCAACCUGGACCAUCCCGCCGCCCACAGCCAGAGCCGCGGCGUGCGCUCCAUCAUCGUCCACCCGCGCUACAACCGCGCCGUGGUCGACUACGACAUCAGCGUGGUGCAGCUGGACUCUGAGGUGGAGGAGACGGCGUUCGUCCGACCCGUGUGUCUGCCGCGGCCCGGCCAGCUCCCCUCCCCCGACUCCUACUGCUACAUCACCGGCUGGGGUCACAUGGGCAACCGGAUGCCCUUCAAGCUGCAGGAGGGCGAGGUGCGCAUCAUCUCGCUGCCGCAGUGCCAGUCCUACUUCGACAUGAAGACCAUCACUGCCAGGAUGCUGUGCGCCGGCUACGAGGCGGGAACCGUCGACUCCUGCAUGGGCGACAGCGGCGGACCGCUGGUGUGCGAGGAGGCGGACGGCGGGCGCUGGACGCUGUUCGGCCUGACGUCCUGGGGCAGCGUGUGCUUCAGCAAAGUGCUGGGACCCGGAGUCUACAGCAAUGUGACGCACUUCACCCCCUGGAUCCGGCAGCAGAUCUACAUCCACACCUACCUGAGCGACUGACGGCCUUCCAGCAGGAAGUGAUGUCAGUGAGCACACGUCUUCACUUCCUCCGCCUGCAUUUGGCCCACAGUGUCGGAUGCUAACCGCUACACAGAUGCUAACUAGUCAGCUAGCAGAUGGUCGCAGUGGUUCCACAUUUGAUUCCGAGCAGAUGUUGGCUUGUUAUUCAGAGAUGCCAUCGAACCUCCAACCAUCAAGCUUAAGGUUUUGACGUUUCCAGGAUGAAAAGUUCUUUUUCUUUUCCAUUCACACAAAAACUUUACAUUUCAGUUUAUUAGUCAACACUAUGACAAUGUUUAAAAAAAAGACGUCUUCACUUGUUAAAGACAACAAUGUCUUCAGUUUUCUUUCAGUUUGACUGAGACUGAAGCUCAAUUCCAUAAAGAUGGUGUCAUCUGCAUAACGUCAGACUUUCUGUUCCGUCUGAAUGCUGAUGGAGAACUUUUUUAUAAAAUUCAUGGGAGCAUCACUAAAUACAUUUAAGGCACCAAGAGAUUAAACAAACUCCAUGGUUAAAAAGUUUGACUGAAACUAAACGUCUGCCAGUUUGGUUUGUGGUUCGAGGUCAGAAAGUAUCCAAAGUCUUUUCUAUUUUACUUCUGAUUGAAAGUAAAGAUGAUGUUUUGUGUUGUAUUUUAGCUGUUUAGAAGAGGAAUUCUUCACUUCACUGAACUCACUGACGUUAUUCCGUUCGCUAGCUUCCUCUUCCAAUCUGUCAGGGAAAACUCACAUCCAGAGAUUCCCCAAAUCCAGACUUCCCACCGGGACAACCGUCUCAGCAGCUUCCAACAGGAACAUCUGUCUUUUCUUUACCUUCACCUCCAAGCAUAAAUGUGCUAAUUAUCACCAAAAGAGAUUUGAAUUAGGGUUGGCAUAGAUGCUAACAGCUCCUUAGCUUUAUCCAAGUAACUAACAACUGUGACAAAGUAGUUUUUUAACCCGACUAACUCAGUAACACAAUGACUGCCAACUUAGCGCCAGCUAGAAUGUGAAGCACAAAUGUAGCACAUGGACAUUAGGAAGUGUUCUUCUGUUUGUUAGCACGAUGCUACGGUAGCGUUAGCCUAGCAUACAACAACCCCAAACCACCUAUCGCAGACGAGUCAGAUCAAAAACUGAUUCAUAAAAACAAAUGUUAGCGUUUCUACUGCAGGCAGAACCACAUAAAUGCACAAAUUAAUGAUUAGUUUGCACAAACUCCACCUUCAUCGUGUCCAGCGGCGCUCCCUGGUGUUUGGGCGCUGGCGUCCGCCAUGUUUCCAUGAGAGAGAUGCCCCUCCCAAAAACAAAGUCCAGUUUUAGGUUUUUCUGUUUGACUUCCUGUUGUAAAGUUAAAAAAGUUUGAAAAAGCUGCCAACACUCACCUUGUGAUGAAGGAAACUGAUGAAAAUGAUGAAGGUAACAGUGUGGGUUAGUUUUUAAGACGAUCCGUUUCCUGUUUCAAUUAUUAGCGGCUAACUAGAACUAGCUGAGGCUUCAUGAGGCUUCCUCCCGAUGUCUCGUUGUGUCGCUGGUGUGUGCGUCACCUUAACGUGAACACAGACUGUUCGACGUUCCUGCCGUGAACCCAGAAGACGGGUUCUCCAACACAUCUGAUCCAGAACAUUCCAAGUAGCUGCUGCUCUUUGUGUGUUUGAUUUUUUAAGAGUAUUUUUCUACAGCUUUUUGUAAGCCAUGCUUCUCACAGGGCUGCUGGUGUGUGUCUGAGAGCACACGUGUGUGACGUUUGUGUAAACACGCUGAUGAUAAUGAAAGUCACCGACUGACCAGGUGCACCUGAAGGCCUCACGGACGGCCUGUGAUGUUUGUCUAACCGUGAAGAUUGUAUGUGUAUCAUGUUGUAUCACCAAUAAACCUGUGUAACACACAA